GUCUCGUCUCCUUCUCUCUUGUCUUCUCCAGCUCAGAGUGCUUGUGGGGUUUUCCCUAUGGAGCUGCCUCUAUCUCUGUCUCGUCGUCUCCUAGGGUUUUGGAUUAACAAACCACAAUUCACGAGGCUUGAAUCAUUCUCCCCACUUGCUGGCGAAGAUCCCCAGAUUUUGCUCCUAUAUCCUGCUUCGGAAUUUAAAAGCAACGAUUUUUUUAAAAAACAAAAUCUUUAACACUUCUUGGUUUGGUAAACAAUGAGAUCGAGAUCGGAGAAUAAAGACGAUGUCGGAGAAGAUGAUCUCCGACGACGGAACCCUUAUGAAGUCCUUGGCAUACCUACCAAUUCGACUGAUCAAGAGAUCAAAAGUGCUUAUCGGAGAAUGGCUCUCAGGUACCAUCCUGAUAAGAAUCCAAACGACCCGGUUGCAGCGGAUAUGUUUGAGGAGAUUACAUUUGCUUAUGAGGUCUUGUCUGAUCCGGAGAAUCGGCGUCAGUAUGAUACAACUGGCUCUGAGGCUCCUGGUCCGGAAAAUGAAGAUCUUGAGCUCGAUCUUUCAAGCUUAGGAGCUGUUAAUACAAUAUUCGCCGCGCUGUUCAAUAAGCUUGGUGUGCAAAUCAAGACAACUGUCUCAGCAAAUUUAUUGGAGGAAGCGCUGAAUGGUACGGUUACUACUUUGCCUCUUACUGUUGGGCAAGUUGUUUCUAGGAAGGUUGAAAAACAAUCGGCUCACUUUUAUUCUAUCACGUUAACAGAAGAAGAAGCCGAGGCCGGAUUGAUCUGUAAAGUGCAGUCAUCUGCUAAGAACAAAUUCAAGUUACUUUACUUUGAUCAAGAAGAGAAUGGAGGACUGAGCUUGGCCCUACAGGAAGACAGCAGGAAAACAGGAAAGCUCUCGACUGCAGGGUUAUACUUUUUCGGCUUUCCUGUUUACCGUUUCGAUCACAGGGUUAAUUCAAGGGCACUCUCAAGGGAUCCAGAGACCGGAUUUUUCAAAAGGCUCGAUGCAUUCCAACCGUUUGAGAUCACUGAACUGAAACCUGGAUCUCAUGUAUUUGCUGUUUACGGUAUGUUUUGUUUCAUUCAAUUACAGUUAUAA